GUCCGGAGGCCGGCGCGCGGAGCGGUCUUCAUCCCCGAUCGCUGCGGCCCAGCCCGCCACGGAGGCGCGCAGGCGGGCGCGCGGAGUGGCCGCUCAGGAGUAUCUUUACCACCCCCAAGAAACUACUCAAUGCUGAAGCCUUUCAAAGUGAUAGCGGAGACUUUGGAAGCACCAUGGAUGGGUUUUGUGAUCAGCAAGUCCCUUUUAUGGUCCCGGGGAAAUCUCGAUCAGAGGACUGUCGGGGGCGACCUUUGAUUGACAGAAAGAGGAAGUUUGUGGACACAGAUCUGGCUCACGAUUCUGAAGAGUUGUUUCAGGAUCUUAGCCAACUGCAGGAGGCUUGGCUAGCUGAAGCACAAGUUCCCGAUGAUGAGCAGUUUGUCCCAGAUUUUCAGUCUGACAACUUGGUGCUUCAUGCUCCACCUCCCACCAAGAUCAAACGGGAGCUGCACAGCCCCUCCUCCGAGUUGUCGUCCUGUAGCCACGAGCAGGCUCUUGGUGCUAAGUAUGGAGAAAAGUGCCUCUACAACUAUUGUGCCUACGAUAGGAAGCCUCCCUCUGGGUUCAAGCCAUUAACCCCGCCCGCCACUCCUCUGUCACCCACCCAUCAGAAUUCCCUAUUUCCCCCACCUCAGGCAACUCUGCCCACCUCAGGUCUCACCCCUGGAGCUGGCCCAGUUCAAGGGGUGGGUCCUGCCCCGACUCCUCACUCACUUCCAGAACCUGGAUCACAGCAACAAACAUUUGCGGUCCCCCGGCCACCACAUCAGCCCCUGCAAAUGCCAAAGAUGAUGCCUGAAAGCCAGUAUCCAUCAGAACAGAGAUUUCAGCGACAGCUGUCUGAGCCCAGCCAUCCCUUCCCUCCUCAGUCAGGAGUUCCUGGAGAUAGUCGCCCCAGCUACCACCGGCAGAUGUCAGAGCCCAUUGUCCCCGCAGCUCCGCCACCCCUUCAGGGAUUCAAGCAGGAAUACCAUGACCCACUGUAUGAACACGGGGUCCCUGGGAUGCCUGGUCCUCCAGCACAUGGAUUCCAGUCACCCAUGGGAAUCAAGCAGGAGCCCCGAGAUUACUGUGCUGACUCAGAAGUGCCUAACUGCCAGUCAUCCUACAUGAGAGGCGGGUAUUUCUCCAGCAGCCAUGAAGGAUUCCCGUAUGAAAAGGACCCCAGGCUGUACUUUGAUGAUACUUGCGUGGUGCCUGAGAGACUGGAAGGCAAAGUCAAGCAGGAGCCCACCAUGUAUCGAGAGGGGCCCCCUUAUCAGAGACGAGGCUCUCUGCAGCUGUGGCAGUUCCUCGUCACCCUCCUGGAUGACCCAGCCAAUGCCCACUUCAUUGCCUGGACUGGCCGAGGCAUGGAAUUUAAGCUCAUAGAACCGGAAGAGGUUGCUCGUCGUUGGGGUAUCCAGAAGAAUCGGCCAGCCAUGAACUAUGACAAGCUGAGCCGCUCUCUCCGCUAUUACUAUGAAAAGGGCAUCAUGCAGAAGGUGGCUGGGGAACGCUACGUCUACAAAUUUGUGUGUGACCCGGAUGCACUUUUCUCUAUGGCCUUCCCGGACAAUCAGCGCCCGUUCCUGAAGGCAGAAUCCGAAUGCCCCCUCAAUGAGGAGGACACGCUGCCUCUGACUCACUUUGAAGACAACCCUGCUUACCUCCUGGACAUGGAUCGCUGCAGCAGCCUCCCCUACGCCGAAGGCUUCGCUUACUAAGUUUCUGAAUGGCCGAGUAGCCACACCCUAGAGCUAGCAGUCCUCAUCCAGGCAAACGAGGGCAGUGGUUUUGUUUGUGUUCUUGGCUGUUCCUAAAGCUUGCCCUUUGAGUAUUAUCAGGAGAACCCAAGCUGUCUCUGGAUUCGACACCCUUUAAGACAAAUACCUUGGCUCGGGAGGAGUGGGAACAGGGAGAGACAGAAACCACCACUUCCUGGGGAGACAUGGAAACCGUCCUCCUUGCCACCAUGGCCAGUAUGUGCAGAAGCAGUACUGCAGUGUGUUCAGGGUUAGCGCCCAUGAAAGGGGACCGAUGUGUAUGACAAUCUGCGUUGAUCAUGGACUACUAAAAUGCCUUCACACAGGAGGCUUUGACUUGCACAAUUCUUUGGGAAGAAACUGCACACCCAUAGGACAGUCGAUAAGGCUGGGUCGGGGAGGCUCAGACCAUUGAGGCUUGAAAUUGCAAAACUCUUGUAGCUCAUUCUGAAAUCUUUCCCCUGUAGUCCAGAACUGGGGAGGCCAGGAGAGCNGUUACUCACUCCAUGGUUCUCAGACCGCUUUCUUCUUCGGCCUUCCUUCCAGCCGAGCCGUCACCAUAAGUAAAUCAAGUCCCCUUCCUCGCAGUCACACGGCUGAGCGCAGACGGCUUGUUUUAAAAAGAUGAUGAACAUGACAGUAUUUUGUUUUGCUUUGAUUUUGGGGGGGAGGGGUUCAUCUUGCUUUUGGUGGUUGUUUUGGGGAAAAAAACAGUUUAUAUAAACUGAUUUUUGUAGUUUUGGUAUUUAAAGCAAAAACAAACAAAAAACAAACCCCUUUUGGUACCUGCACUGCAUCCCUCAGGUGGGGCGGUGCCUACUUUGGAAGAUGCUGCAGCCUGCGAGGGGAUCUGCUGGGGCUUCCCCUUCGCCACACAGAAGCCGCUUGGUGCUUUCUGCACCAGACAACCUGUUGAGGCAUAUAACCUGAUCUGUACAUUUUUUAAAGUGUGCAGGGCAGCCUGGACACAGCUUAGCGUUAUAUGUGUAUAGUUCUCCAUGCUCACUAACUCUCUUUCUCUGGGAAGCAGAUGUACAUACUACAUACAUGUCACAUACUACAUACAUGUCAUGUACUACACACAUGUCAUAUAGUACAUACAUGUCAUGUCCAUUUAACGACUGGUCACCUGCUGGGGACCCAGGCAUCUGCCUUGUUUUCCUUUUUCUUUCAGUUUUGGACUUUGGACCCUGCACAGUGGUUCCCCGGGGUCUGAAACUUACCUGUCACACACAGGUAGAGCAGUGCAAGCCAGCAUUACUGGCUUCCUGCUACUUUUUGUUUGUUUUUUUUAAAUUUUUUAUUCUGAUUGCUGUAUUAUAUUGGGAAUGUUCUAAACAACCAAACUAAAGCUGUGUACAGAUUGGGUUUGGAGUGGUGGGGAAGUCAGCAGGAAACGCCAGUGCUUUGCUGCCUGACUCCUGGUUGACAGGAGUUUGCUGUCCUUGGCACUCCACACNUGCAGGAUGGGACACAGAGCUGACUGAGCAUGGGACACUCCACAGCCUUCUCAUGACGUGUGAAGGAGGUUCACAGGAACGAGGGGUAUGUUUUAGAGCUAUGAGAACCUAGUCAGCCCACAGAGGCAUCAAACCUCAAGCUUGGGCCUUAAUUAGCGUUGUACUCUGAUGAAAGGACUCUUUCAUAAGCAUAUUUAUAGCUUUCUAAUCUAUACACAGUCUACACAUAGAUGCAUAUUUUACCCCAACUGGCUACAGGAGAUUUAUUUGUUGUAAAUGCUGUAUAGAUUUUGGGGUUCUUUUUUGUUGUUCUUCCUCUCUUCACUUAUACUGGUGUGGGGUUUGUUUUAGUUUUCUUUAGUGAAUUUAUGCUGUUUUGGGGGUGGAUUGAGAAGAAUCUUCCGUAGCCUGAGCUGUCCCUCCCGUUUUGACGGCACAUGUGCCAGUCAAGGGACNCGGGACAGUAGCGCCACUUUGCAUUCCCACCGGACUCAUGUACCUCCCGCAGAGCCGUCCCCGUCAAGGUGUGGGGCUUCUUUCAUGCAUUUGCUUCUUUUCCAGAGUGUGGAUUUGAACCACGUCCCCCUGCACAGGGCCGCGUGCACCCUGCCGAGCUGCGUAUAUUCUGUACUGUGUACAAUAAAGAAGAUUGCUUUCCUUACGCA